CCCACCUCUAUGUUGUUUUUUUGGUCGCGGCUGUUUGACGUUUUUCCUGUCUUAUUAUAUUAUCAUAUUAUAUUACUACUUUGCGCAUAUAAUUAAAAACGGAAUCGCGAGUGCAACGACGACAACAACCGUGAGCGGAUUUUAAAUUAGCGGCCGCGAUUUUUGAUGACGUCGUCUUGUUUUUAGGGCGUAAAAAGCAAAGCAAAAGCAAACAAACGCGAAAAGCGAAACGUGUAAACGGCGUAGAAGAGAUAAAAGCGACUCAAAUACGCAGCAGAUAAAAUACUAAAGAGAGAAAAAAAUCACGAGAAUUCGUAUUUAAUAUUCGGCAACUUUUUGCGAGUGUUCGUCGUGUGCUUGUGUGUGUGUUAAGUGGGCAAAAAAAUAAGGAAUAGAACGGUAAAUGCAGCACCUUAAAAAUGUGCAGCCUGACGCUAAACAACAUGGUCAACGUAACGCAGCUGGACCUCCACGAUCUAUUGGAAAUUUUCGAAAAAAAAUCCUUCGAGGCGGCGGCCUUUGAGGAAGGAACGGCGGAGUAUGAUAUCUCCAAGAAAUGUGAAUACCUAUUCAAACUCGACUACAGCCUUAUCGAGCUGGACAACACAAAUGGACUGCUCAGUCCGCGUUAUCCUGGCCGAAUACUCAUCCCGGAGUGCGAGCAUGGACACAUGGCCAAGACGCUGGUGCCGGGAAAUGGCCUGUUCGGGCCAGUUGGCGGCGGAUUGGGUGGAGGAGGAGGAGGCUCCUCCGGAACCACGGCUACGGCCACGCCUCUAAACAGCAGUGCAGGGAGCACCGGAAGCGAGGGUGCGGGCAUCCAGGCCUUCGUGACCUUUGCCAAUCCUGUGCAGACGCAACAGCAGACACAUCCCCUCAUGCAGCAAUUUCCCAUGCAGCAGCCACAUCAUCCACUGCCUCAGCAAUAUCUUUCCCAGCAGCCACAUCCGCUGCAGCAGCAGCAACAGCAGCAGAAUUCACAGCAGCAGCCGCAAAAUACCAUCUAUGAGGACCAGUACGAUAUACAGCGGAUGCGGGAAUUGGUUACGAUGGCCAAGUACGCGAGAUGCCGUCAAAGAUUUGCCGUGCCCGUAAUUAUGUACCGCGGAAAGUACAUCUGCCGUUCGGCCACUCUGUCCGUAAUGCCGGAAACCUACGGCCGGAAGGUGGUGGACUACGCCUACGACUGCCUCAGUGGCGGCAAUUAUACGACGCCAAACGGGGACGAGAACGAUGCGGACUCCACGGACGAGUCGCUGAUCACCCACAUGCACGACCAGGCGCAGUCGCAGUUCAGCUACGACGAGGUCAUCAAGAGUGACAUCCAGCUGCUCCACACGCUCAACGUCUCCACCAUUGUGGACCUCAUGGUGGAGAACCGCAAGAUCAAAUACUUCAUGGCCGUUUCUUCAUCGGAGAAAGCGGAUCCAAACAAGCACUACAAGAGCUUUAACCUUCUAUCCCUGCCGUACCCGGGCUGUGAGUUCUUCAAAAAGUUCCGGGACAACAACUACAUGGCGCGCAACCUGCACUACAACUGGAAGCAGUCUUUCAACGAUGCGAAUAUCAAUAUACCCAAUCUGGGACCCGCUGCGGAUAUCGAUGUGGUGUGGCCGGAGUACCGGGAUUGGGAUUUGGUGGCCAUCACCCAGAAUUACUUGCGAGCCAUACUGAAAUAUGUGCAGGAGGAGAGCUCCGGCCUGUUGAUUCACUGCAUCAGCGGUUGGGAUCGCACUCCGCUGUUUGUCUCCCUGGUCAGGCUGUCCCUGUGGGCAGAUGGACUCAUACACCAGUCGCUGAAUGCCAUGCAGAUGGCGUACUUUACACUGGCCUACGACUGGUACCUGUUUGGCCACCAACUGCCCGAUCGCCUGAAACGCGGCGAGGACAUCAUGUUCUUCUGCUUUCAUGUGCUCAAGUUCAUCACGGACGAGGAGUACAGCAUUGUGGAGCAUCGGAAACGCACCAAGACAUCGAGCAGCAGCGGCAGUAGUGUUAUAGUGAUCAAAUCCGACUGCUGCGAUGAUGAACCGCUCAAGGAAGACUACAUUCUGGCCUUCGAUCAAGAUAGCAACGACAGCUACUCAAACUGUUCCAACUGUGAUAUGUCCAUAACAGAUAACUUCUAUGCCACCACACCAGCGCAAGUCAAUCCGCUGACCAGCAGGUCACCCAAUCCGAAGAGAUCCAGAACCAGCCCCAUUUCAGUGCCCGGCUCGAAUGCGCGGCAAAGACAGGAGUCCACGUCCUCGAACGGUAGCUGGCAGGUGGUCACGGAUACGGGCUCCAUUGACUCCAUGAUGAAUGGCAGCUACAUGAUGCGGUUUGUGGCCCAACAGGCGGCGGACGGCGGUGGCGGCUCCUCGAACAUUCCUCUGUAUAAUGGUGGUAAUGGCUACCACUGCAGCACCAACGCAGCAUCGAGCGGCAGUGGAAGCGGCAGCGGAAGUGGGAGCAGCAUCAGCAACGGCAGCUCGACGCACGGUUUCGCAAACGGUUCCUCCAAAGACGUGGGCGGCAGCACUAUGGCCAGCAAGCAAUGCAUCAACUUACGAAAGCAACGCCUGAAUGCAGUGCGCGCCAUCUUCAUACAAGCCUACGGAAAGACGAUUGGACUGAAAUUCAAGGAGGGAUCUUCCAUGAAUCUGGCCACGUUUAUUGGCAACCUGGCGGACCAAUUGUUUUGAGGAAGCGGAAGCAGCAGCAGCUAUACUCGAUUGUUAGUUUUUCACCCACAUUGUUUGUUUGUUGUUAAGUGCUGCGCUUUCCACCAAUGACUGUAUUUCGUAUAGACCUGUUGAAUUGCGUUCUUUUGUGACUGUUGACGAUUGUGUAAUGUAAGGGAUAAAUUAUAACUGAUUACUGAUAAGCAACAAACGAACGAACGAACCCGGCGGCUCCUAGACAAUGCGUAUAGUACAACUCCAGUCCUGGUUAACCCGCUCCUUAGAUUCUCUAGACUCCCGCUCCCCUCUCCUUACUUUUUCAGUUGUUAGUCCUUUUUCGAGAAUGCAAAGCAAACGCGAAUUAUAAAAUGCGAUUCGGAUUAUACAAUAGCCUUAAGUUGUAAUUUAUAGUAAUGUAUUUUUUAAUAAACUUAUGUGCAUUUGAUACGAA